ACAAAUCGCUUUGACCUACACUUGGAAAAUAAACGGUAUCAUUCACACUGCACGGCUCAAAAGUGUAGCGCAAUGACUCGCGUGGCUGCGACCUCUCUCCUGACUCAUAAUUAAUGGUGAAAACCAAAUGGAGAGGUGAGGGAAAAUCCCGCCCCGUUGGCUGGGAGGGGUGAGACCGGGACAGUCAAAGCUGGAAGCUGGAGAGUCAAAGUGAGAGGACGCUGGAAAGUUAGGACAGAACCUACUGUGGAUAUUAAGGAGGUCAACUUUACUGCUAUUUUUAAGCGGACAAGGACAUGAAACUUUAAUUUUACAUCGAGUAUAUCACCUUUUUGGAACGCACCAAUUCUGGAUCUUUACGCACGAGAGGAAAAAAUAAAUAAAACAACAACUUCGACAUUUUUGUAAAUCUGCUCAUUGCAGGGAUGUUCAAGCGAGCCCCGUCAUUCUGACAGGCUCCUCAAAGGAUGUGACUCUGCCAACUUGAGCACCCUUACCUCUGUGUCCAGUGCUGUGCCGCCCUCUGCUGUGUGACCGAGGAAGGUCAAGAAGGGCCAGGCAGUAUGAGUAAUCAAAUUGAGCAGGGGAUGAAUCCUGUCAUCAUCAUCCACUACAACCACUCGGGAAAGUGGGAACGACCUCGCGUCAGCGGGGCCUGUAAAAUGGUGCUGCUGCUCCUCAUCUGCGUGCUGAUUGUUCUGGAGAACAUUACAGUUCUCCUCGCCAUCUGGAGGAAUAAGCGCUUUCAUAGCCGUAUGUACUUUCUCAUUGGAAACCUAGCGUUGUCAGACCUGCUGGCUGGGGUGGCUUAUAUGGUUAACAUCUUUACCUCGGGACGUAAAACCUUCUUCUUGACGCCACUGCAGUGGCUGGCCAGAGAAGGGAGCAUGUUUGUAGCCCUCAGCGCUUCCACCUUCAGCCUUCUGGCUAUUGGGAUCGAGAGGCACAUGACAAUGGUGCGUCUGCGCCCCUGCGAGACAGCAGGUCGAGGUCGGCUUCUAGCACUGCUGGUAGCCUGCUGGCUUGUGUCGGUACUGCUGAGUGCUCUGCCCAGCCUGGGCUGGAACUGCCUAAACAAUCUGCCUUCCUGCUCCACAGUGCUGCCACUCUAUGCUAAGAGUUAUAUUGCUUUCUGCAUCAGUGUGUUCAGUGCCCUGUUGGUGGCCAUCAUUAUACUCUACAUCAGGAUCUACCGUCUGGUGACCUCCAGUAGCCGCAGGGUGAGCAGCCGGCCUUCAGAGCGAUCAUUGGCCUUGCUUCGUACAGUGGUUAUUGUGCUUGGGGUUUUUGUCAUGUGCUGGGCUCCCUUGUUUCUCCUGCUCCUCCUGGAUGUUGGUUGCAGUCCAGAUAAGUGCCCUGUUCUCUACCAGGUGGACUGGUUCAUUGCCCUUGCUGUACUCAACUCUGCCCUUAACCCCCUCAUAUAUACUCUGUCCAGCAGAGAAAUGAGAAGCGCAUUUUUCCGGUUGCUGUGCUGUUGUCAGACCAGCAUGGAGCACACCGGGACUCCUGCAGUGGGCAACCCCAACCUAGGGACAAUCAUCCCCACAGGAGAAAACAGCAAGACAAGUUUGGGUGGAGGAGGGGGCAGCGGGGAUGGGAAGUCUACGAUGAACAGAGGAAAGGUUCCCACACCUGUGAACUCAGACAACAAGCACGGAGAUCCCUCCGCCACUGCCGUGCCCCAUCCUUCAGGGCCAGCAGACCUGCUUUCAGCUGUACUUGUCAAGGCGGGAGCGCUGCCAGCCCUCAACAAGUUUUAAAUGGAAAAGCCUAAAUGAGGCAUUACAGUUACACAGAAACAGACUGGUCUGAUAUAAUCCUGCUACCAGCCACUUUUUGUUUGUACAAUAUCGUUUGGGUAGCAUGAGUUAGAUGAAGUAUUGAUAAAAUAAUUCAGACAUUCAUUUGGAACCAAAUACAUCUGAUUCUGAAUCAUAGUACAAAGAAAAUCUUUUAAAGCCACUAUUUACAGGAACUCAGAUGUCUUUUCCAACACUAGACUCACUCGAAUACAGCGUCGGAGAGUUUCGACACUGAAUUCAUAUUGUGACUGGGGAUGCCGUAAAGUAUGAUUUACUCUGUUAGUGUUUUGUCUGUCAUUGAGUUUAGUUUUUUUUAUCCUGUCAUUUUAAGCAAAAAUGAUCAAAUUCUUGCACUUUUUUUUUUUUUUGCAUGUACUAUACGCAGGAAAUCUUCAAACACCUGCAUUUUUCAUUACUUGACUUGAUAGACUAUUUAUUUUCUGUGAAAACGUUUGCCACCUUAAUACUACACAGCUGUUUUUUGCUUUUUUGUUUUUUUUGCUUUGUGUGCAUGAAACCCAUCAUGGUACUAGGACUUUACUGUUCACUUUAUUAUUGAUUAUUUGCAAUGCACUGUGAGAGAAACCUAUUCUAUAAGUUUAGUGCCAGACUAGCAGCCUCAUCAGGCUGUGAUGUGCAUAAACAAACCAAAAACAACAACAACAACAACAACAACAAGGUUGGAGGAAAAAUGACACUGCUAGUAGUUGAUUCUUACCACUAGUGGGCAACAUAGUAAAGUGUGCCCUGAUGGUAGUGCUGCAGGAGGUGGUGUUAAUUUGUGGGAUUCAACUCGUGGACGUUUCAGGCUCAGCUGUUCAUUACUAUUCUUGGUUUAUCUUUUCAUCAGUCUAAUCUAGUCAACAGAAGCUACACUGUGAGCUAAAUCGGCCUGGCUAAUAGCGACAAUCAUGAAAAUUUUAGGGUCUCAUCAGCACGUCUAGAAACCACUUGCCCAUCAACUAACCACUAGUAAAUACGAGUGUUGGAUGUGAAAAAGUUGUAGACUGUAAAUUACAUUUAUGCUGAGGGUGAUGUAUUGCCUGAUUCGUUACAUAGCAAAUAAAAUUCUAUUCCCUUUUAUCCGAUUUUCAUGUGUCAUUUUGUUUUAUGGAAUCAGGGGCUCGUUCCGAAUCCCCUUCCUCUCAUCCAGGCUGUCACUGUGAUCGCCAGCUGCAUAAAUUUGCUAAAGAAUAGUCAUAAAACCCGAUGAUAAUAACCUUUUGCCAAAUGAAUGGCAGAUUCUACUACUAUCAAUCCUUCAUAAGAUCCUUAUUGAAGCCUAAGCCGUGAAUUCCACACAUUUAUUAAUGUGCGGUAUAAUUUGCCGUUGGUUUAUUAAUUGCUUUUCACAGAGGAGAGGAGAAAUGUCAUCAGAUUUAACCUGCUGCACUCAUUUAAUACCCUAAUGGGAGCACAUUCCUGCUAUCUUACACGCCUACACAUGCAGACAUGGUUCAGACGCUGAUGAAUAAUGCAAAAAAAUUCUUCAUCCUUAUUAUGAGUAGAUCUUUCCAGUCAGUGAGGUCACUUACCGAUAAAAGCCGUACUACUUACGGCUACUGUGGAAAAACAGUCCAGGUGUUGUAUGAAUUCUGGGGAAAUCAUUUAGGGGGUUUCUUUGACAAAAAGAGUGAUACCUGUGUAAAUGAUUUGAUUGGCAGAGUAUAACGGAUUAUAAUCAGAUGUGUAAGCAGCACAAGGUGUAAAAUGUAUUUUCUAGACGUUGAUAACUAAAGACAAGGGAAGAAUUUGUUUGUUUUUGUCCUAAAAUACUGCUGCACUAAACGGUACUUUUACACUGAGCUGACAAAUGAGCAGAGUUUGAUCUUUUUACUGCACUGCGAGACCAGACAGGUGCUGUCAGAGUGGCAUUUUAUACUUGCCUCAGCUAAAGGAUGUGUCUCGGCUCUGCACUUCCAGUUCUGAUGAAGAGAGACAGCGAGGACGCAAUACCGGCCGAACAUUUCCAGCUUAAAGGUCACUGACUGCUUCCUGUCAGAAAUGUCUGAACACGUUCUUUUCUGAAUUAGCUGGGGAUGAUCGUGGCCUUAUGCCACGUGGAACACUGGAAAAUGUCCAAACGUUGAGCUGUGUAGUGUGAUUUAUAGACAGUCUAUCCUGUGUUUCCUGAAGCAGUUUACCCAAUCUUCGCUUCAUCCUCACCAUUGCUUUAUUAAAUCACAUCCUUAUUUUAGUUCUGUUAAAUCUUUCUUUUUUUGGUUUGAAAAUAGGUUUGCAAAGAAAAGAAGAUAAAUAAAAAUCCAUAAAAAUAAGCAACAUACAGAAUAAUAGAAAAUUUCACUCUCAGAAAUUUCACCAAGGGGAUCCAGCGAUAUUUAAAACACGUUAAAUUAAAGCUAUUCCAAAAAGGAUGAUUAUUCUUCAUCUCCCCCUUAAUAUAAAGUUUGGAGUUUGAGAUAAAUCUUUUAAUGUCAUGGCAAAAAAAAAGAAAACUAAAUAUUGUGGCACUAUUAUGUACAAAUACCCUAAUGCGACAGCAAGAUGGACUGCUACUCCAAAAUACAGACAAUACAAUGAAAAACAAGGAAUAAAUAAAUAACUUGGAAAAAAAUCAUAGGCAGAAUUGUCAAAAAUAGAAGCAACACAAUCACGGUGGUCAAGAUUACAACAAUGUGGGAUUUUUACAGGGACCAAAAUAUUUAACAGCUCACAAAAGGCAACAAAGCGAAGAUCAGCUGCAAACUGUGCAGAUCAGCUGAUCUCAGUGUCACCAAGCACCAGGUGAUGGCUCAGCUGAAGCUGUUUGAGACAUUCCACUUGGCAAAUCUCAGCGAAACAGUCCAUGCAGACUUAACCUGCCCAGAGCUGUGGUAGCUUUGCAAGCCACUUUGCAACCCACCUGUAUUCCACCCCUUUUACUGCUCAGUUCUAUGCUGGGAUUUUGCUAGUGAUCUCACUCCUGCAGCUGCCUCCAGAGUGGGGAGGUGAGCUCCUUAUGUUUUUCAUUAUGCUUUAUGAAAAAGGGUGGGGAGGUCCCAGAACAGAGCUACACUGACAUUUACAAAUUACUACAAAUGUAACCUAAGAUUUUCUUUUAACUGUAGUGGUGUUGGCUGAAAUGUUAUUUAAGGAAGUGUGUAGUAUGUACUGUGAGCAGUUAAGAAAGUACAGUGAAUUACAGUUUCCAGCUGAUUUUAGAAGCCCUUUUUUCAUUCUGACCUUGUAUUUGGAUCAACGUAUUAGAAGCAAGUCAUGAAAAGAUGUCAGUCUGUCUUGAAAUGACAGCCAGUUCUUGGUUGACCCAAGUGCAUUUUCUUGAAAUAACCUGCUUUAUUUACAGUGUUGGAGAUGUGCUGGCAAACUUAUAAUAAUAUAAACCUAUAAUAACUUACAUUAUAUGUCAGCUGUGGUUUCCUAACAUCACUUACUGCCACUGAUAAGGAUUUUUGUACAAAACCUUCUUAACAAACACAGAAGCAGACAUCAGUCAUUAUUUUUCAAGAGAGAAAAAGCCAUUCUAUAAAGGUGGAAAUGAAAGACAUAAUGUUGCACAUGUCGGCAUCAUUUUCUAAUCCACAAGCCUUCUUUCUUUGCCCCACAUCUAUGCCCAGAUAAAGAAAAUGACUUUAGCCCAGGGGCCUUAAUUCGGGGACUGUGAAGACAUAAAGUAGAAAAGUGAAUAAAUGGUUUUUUUUAUAAUAAUCCUGUUCUUCAAAUCCAAGCUAUAACAGAUUCAAUUUCUCCUGUACCUGAAGCAAACACCAUAAAUGGUCUGUGUGCUAACUAGGUCAAUCACCUUAAUAAAUCAUGUUAACUAAAUAGCCAUGACUAGUGUUCUUUAAGGAUUUAGACAUGGUGGAUUUGUGUUAUUCUCCGUGCACAAUGCUUAUUUGCAUAUGACUAAUGUGAACACAACGGAGGACAAGAGAAUCACACCCCCUCCCAUCAUCACAAUCCUGGCUUUAUACUGCUGUGUGCUGAGGAAGUGUGCAUGCGUGUGUGUGCAUUUGCACACAUCCCGUUUUUGUGCACAGACGUGUGCACGCCGCGUGUUUCAGAGAAAGAACAAAGACUCCAUCUGGUCCAGUCACUGAAUGUGCCAGUAUGAAGCACUUCUGUCAUUCUCAAGUCCCUUUUUGAUGUAGCUUGGAGGUGGAGUGGAGCCAGGCCGAGAGCUGCGAGGGGUCCCAUUUGAGGCGGCCACUCACGCUGGGAGCCCCCGAGUUGAAGCCAUUCCCUACUCUGCAGCCGAGUUGUACCACUCUCACCAGAGGAGGGAAUCAUUCAUCUGGUGUGUGAUGAUUCUCCUCCCCUACCUUCACCUCCAUUGCUCCCCAAUUCAAUACAGUGUAAUUACACGUGGAACAAAGAGAGCAAAGACUCAAGCAGACUUUGGUGAUAAGCCCCCCAGGAUCACGGGGCUUUAUCUAGGGAGCAGGUGGGAUGAGGCCGAGGGAGCCGAGGCAAAGGUCACUUUGCAGGAGGAUAUCUGGAGGAGCUUGCUGAGAUUUGGAUUGGUGGACACUCCUCCCAGCAUUCCCCUCAGCACCCCAUUGCCAUUAAUUCUCCUGUCUAGUGCUGAUCAAGUAGAAUGAAAGCAGAAUAGUUGAAUUUGACAGCCUUUUUUUAUCAUCUCAGCCAAGUCAUUUUUUCUUUUUUACUUUUUGUUUCUCAGCAUCAACAAAAACAUCUUAAUAUACUGGACAACCAUGAGACAAUAUCUGAUCAAACAUGAGCACAGAGCCAGUUCUGUGGCUUAUAGGGCUGCGACUAAUUAUUCGCUCUUAAAUGAUUUUUGAUUAAUGUACUAAUCCUUCUACAAACUGUGUGAAAAUAACAGAAAAAUUCUCAUCUCCAUUUUACAAAGCCUGCUUAGAUGGUUUUAAACAGCCUAUUGGCUUAAUACAGUGUGAAUGGUAAAAACCAGAGACAAAGAAAACAGCACAUUUUCACAUAAACAGUCAUAUUUGCUAGAGAAAUUACCUAAUGACCUAUUUAUGUCUGAUUAAAUGCUGAGACUUACUUACUGGUUUACCAAAAUUUUAUAUAUAUAUAUACAUAUAUGCACACAAACACACACAUAUUUUUCAUAUGAGAAUAGAGACUCUGUUUUCAUCUAUUUUUAUCUUUAUUCCUAGCCAUCAUGUCUGCGCUUGAUAGUGGAAAUAUUUUAUUCUGUCAUGAUCAGCUGUCCAAAAACAGUCUGAAGUAUUUUUCAUCUGUGCUCUGUGUCUGUUUGCAGGAGUUGAUAUUGUUUUCAUCACCCAAACUACACGACAUGCAGGCAACAAAAACCGGAGAUUUUUUUUAAAGUAAUAUUUUAAUGCCUCCCAGAAAAGCUGAAGGAGGACAUCAUAUCUCCAGUUUAUCAGUUUAUCUGUCAUGACACCACACAAAUACCACACCUAGAAAGUCUGAAGUCUAAUGCAUUGCGCCACAUAAAUGGAAUUUAAUAUUUCACCGGCCACAUAAUUAGGUAUACCAGUUUAACUGCCCGUAAACACAAAUAUCGAAUCACCCAAUCACAUGGCAACAACUUAAUGCGUUUAUGGUCAAGACAACCUGCUGAACUUUAGAGGAUCCGAAUGGGGAAGAGAGGAGAUUUAAGUGAGUUUUAAUGUGCUGUGGUUGUUUGUGCCCAACUGGCUGGUACGAAUAUUUCUGCCGGGAUUUUCCCACAAACCCUCUCCAGGGUUUACAGGGAAUGGUCCAUAAAAGAGAAAAUAUCCAGUGAGCGGCAGUGCUCCAGAGAUCAAAGAAGAAUGGCCAGACUGCUUUGAGCUGAUCCGAAGACAACAGUAACUCAAAUAACCACUUGUUACAACCAAAGUAGACAAAAGAUUAUCUCUGAAUGUAGCACAAAUGGAAAAAUGAAGCAACUGGACUACAGUGUGGACCACACUGUGUGUCAUUCCUGUGAGCUGAGAAUGAGAAACUCAGACUACAGUUCAGACGGAAACAUGUUGCCUGGUCUGAUGAGUCUUGAUUUUAAUUGCAACAUAUGGAUGGUAGAGUCAGAAUUUGGCAUGAACAAGCUGAAUGGCUCCAUCGUGGCAGCAGUUUAGGUUGGAGGUGGUGAUGUAAUUGUGUGGGGGUUAUUUUCCCAGAAUAUUUUGAGCCUCUUAGUACCAAAAUGAGCAUUGUUUAAAUACCACAGCCUACCUGAUUAUUGUUGCUGGCCCUUUUUGACCACAGUGUACUCUUGUUCUGAUGGCUGUCACAAAGCUCAAAUUAUCUCAAAUGUCCUGCACAGUCACCAGAACUCCAUGGCCAGUGAGUGUGCAUUUUAAACCUGAGUAUGAUUGUGUGUGGUGUGUUAAACAAGCUCAUCUUUGUUCUAUUUUGUAGUACUCGGGUCUCUCUUGCAAAAGAGAAAUUAAAUACAGUACCUGAUUAAAUGAACACACGUCAUGUUUUCAUCAGUCUGAGCAACCAGCCAUUCAGUGCCAGCUGAACAGAUAGGUGGCAGGAGUGGGUAAGCAAUCUCUUCAAAAUUCCUUCCCUCUCAAAACCCCCCAAAACAGCAGCUGCUUCCCUCACCCAGCCUUCUCUGAUUGCAGUCUUCUGGCAGGCUCUGAUGGCAAACACACACCUGCUCACACUGACCUCCAAUUUAUCUCUUGUACGCCUGCCUGCCACAACUGUAGGGAUUAACAUGUCUGGAAUAGGGGUUUAAGUGAGAGGGAGGAUGGCGGCCUCUUAGUCUGACAUGCAUGUCCCGUCCCUCACUUGUGGCAUUGAGUUUGUGUGCACAGCUGGCUAAUUCCCUGCCUCUGUGCAUGCAAACAGCCUGGAGGUUUCUGUGCAAUAUUGUGCGAAAGAGAAACUGAGGCUGAAGAUCCAAAGUGUGCAUCUCAUAAAUGUUAAAGCCCAAGGCAACUUGGGGUUGGAGAUGGAAUAAAUAUUUCUACCUAACAUUCAUUAAACACAACAGAUGUCUGAGUCUGUCAUCAGGUCCUGGUUUAAAUGCUGUAAUAUUCAGAUGGGUCACCUAGUCCCCACCGAAAUGUCUCGUAAAAUAACCAAAAUAUUUACAUCUUUGUGUUCUUUUCACAAUCAGGCUUUUACAAAGACUUGGUUUUGUGCAUUUAAACACUGUAUAGGAGCUUUGGAAGACAAUGUUAAAAUGGGAAUCCAAUUUAAAUGUCGCUACUCAGGUUGUGUAAAAAAGUUGUCUAACGCCUCCUGUGAUAGUGAACCUGAGAGCAUCCCUUAAUGAUGCAAUCAGGUGACAUGUUUGUGUGUGUCUGUGUGAUAAAAGAUACUAUGGAAACGCAAUUAACAGAUUCAAGUUAAAAUGUCUCCGUCUGUCACUGAUUUUGAAGACCUCUUCCCUGGUGACACUUUGACAUAGGCACAAAACUACAACAGCAAGACUUUGACCCUGAAACAAAGGUAUCUUAACUGAACUAAAGGUUCAUUUUAUUAUUUACAACUCUGUAAGAAAGCCAUUUAUGUACUGAAUACUUCUUCUCGCAGGGUACUUGUAUGUCAUGGAUGUGUGUGUAUACGUUAUGUGGUUCCCUAAAAUGCUGUCUGGCUCUGAGGUGAUCACAGGUGUUCAUUCCUCCAAGCUUAUCUGAUGGAUUAACAGCUGCCGUCACCGCAUAAUCGUCGACACCCACCACAUCUGACAUUACACACAUUCUGAUUCUGAUAUGACAGCCGCUCGCGCACACGCACACAUGAACACAUACACAGACAGACACAGUGGAAGACACACAUUUUUCCGUUUACACACAGAGAAUUAUUGGAUAUUGCUGAAGGGAUGGAGCCGUUUCUUCCAACCUUCACAACUGUGCUCAUAAAAAUAUAGCUUAACAGUAGGCAAGCUUCUGUCUGAUAAAAACAAAAUAAAAUUCGAAUAGAAACACCCUUCAAAGCAGAGAGCAGCUAAGCGCUAGACAAAAGCCAGAAAAAUGUGGGAAUAUUUGUUUGAUUUUUACAUGCUGCAUUGCCGCUGUCGUUAUUAUUCAUAUUCCUCCCCAGGGAGGCUUGUUUGAAAAAUGGGACUGAAGCAGCCCCCCCUCCCCUUAAUGUCACCGUCUCACUCUUAGACUCACAAACACCCACGCGCACACUUGUUUGGAGUCUUAUUGGGGAAGUACAGCCAGGCUGCGUCUCCCUCCCAUCCCUCCUGCUCCUCCUCACUUUCUUCAUCUCCCUCCCUCCCAUUUUUUCCCCCCUUCACUCUUUCUCCCCAAAACAGGGUGAUCCAGCUCGUCUCCUCUCUCCGUCACGCGGGUAAUCAGCCUCUGCUAUUUCAUUUGGCUCAGUAAUGAAAGCAAUCCCAGUGCUUUUCACUGCAGCGCAGCCCAAAUAAUGAGGACUGCCUCACCCCUCCUCAGCCACACCUCACCCCUAGUUCUCACCCUCUCCCUCCCAACCCUGCUGUUAAUGGAUGAAGGAAAGCAAGUGUGUGUGCGUGUGUGUUUGAGUAUGUGAAGCACGCAAUCUUGCCAAGUCCUUUGUGCCUCUUUUCUCCUGCUGCAAAGGAGCCUAUUGUACAUAAUUUCAUCAGCAAUGCUCUUAAUCAGAAUAUUUUGGAUGGUUUUUUUCCCCACCUACAUUAGUGGUUCCUAACCUUUAUUACACGCGACUAACAGCGAUGUGUUAGAACUACUCACAGGAUGCACAUCUAAGCUGUAAGCAGUUAGUCUGUUAUUUCCCAUUCCCCAGUAGCUUUUCCAAAGGAGGUAAAUUGCAAACAAACAAAGAAAAUUGUAUUUCAUAAUAAGAAAAUCAAAAUGAGUAAGAAAUUAAAAAAAAUGUUGCAAAGCAGAAAUCAGAUUUUUAUUGUUUCCAAAUCUUCCACAUUUCUUCCCCAGGUCAGGAACCACUAAUCGUGAUUAAAAAUAUACAAGACAACCCUUUAAAAACACUGGUUUGAUUACAGGGUAAUGCAGAGGUUAUAGAGUGCAACCUAACAUCUUUGGCUCCAUUUUUAAA